GCAGUUAUAGUCCCGCGCGCCCUCCCCUAUUACCCCCCCGCCCCUUUUCACUCUAUCUCCGCCCGCCGCGAAACGGAAGCCGGAGAGCGCCGCCGGCCCUCGAGCGCUGCGGCCUUGGUUUGAACGGGCGGGGAAGACGUUUGGGCGCGUGCGGCCUAGCGCGGCCUGGACAUGAGGAGUCUGAGACUGCAAUUCUGUACCCGCUUUCCUGGGAACAAUGAUUUGCAAGGCACAAAUAGUUCUGGAUCACUGGGUGGUCUUGAUGUUCGUCGACGCAUCCCUAUAAAGCUCAUCUCCAAACAGACCAACAAAGCUAAACCUACACCACCUCGUCCUGCAAGAAGUAUGAAUAGGGUGCCAUCGAAGGCUGGUGAAGACGAAGAAUUUGACUACAGUGAAGAAGAACGGUAUGAGUGCAAAGGUGGUGAUGUGUUCAGUAAUCAGAGAAGGUUCCCUGGACAUCUCUUCUGGGAUUUUAAGAUAAAUUUACUAGGAGAAAAGGAUGAUACCCCAGUCCAUUUCUGUGACAAGUGUGGGCUACCAAUCAAAAUGUAUGGACGCAUGAUACCUUGCAAGCAUGUUUUCUGCUAUGAUUGUGCUAUUUUACAUGAGAAAAAAGGUGACAAGAUGUGUCCAGGCUGUAAUGAACCUGUGCAGCGAAUUGAGCAGUGUGUACGGGGGUCUCUCUUCAUGUGUAGUAUUGUACAAGGUUGCAAGAGAACAUAUUUAUCCCAGAGAGACUUACAGGCUCACAUCAACCAUCGUCAUAUGAGAGCUGGCAAACCAGUUGCACGCCCUCCACUGGAACCUGUUCAUCCUCCUAUUGUUCCUCCUCCUGCUGAAAUCCCAGAGCGAUUCAUAAUGCCACCUGAUAAGCAUCAUCUGAGCCACAUUCCACCAAAGCAGCACAUCAUGAUGCCACCUCCAUUGCAGCAUGUACCUCACGAGCAUUAUAACCAGCCACAUGAAGACAUUCGUGCAUCCCCAGCAGAGAUGUCCAUGGCUCCUCCUCCCCCUCGCUCAGUCAGUCAAGAUACUUUUCGCAUUUCAACAAGAAAACACAGCAAUCUUAUAACUGUCCCUAUUCAGGAUGAUUCAAACUCUAGUACUCGAGAACCACCACCACCAGCCCCAACACCUGCUCACCAUCAUCCUGAAUACCAGGGCCAACAAGUGGUAUCCCACCCUCAUCAUAUUAUGCCACCACAGCAACAUUAUGCACCACCCCCUCCUCCACCUCCACCAAUAAGCCAUCCAAUGCAACAUCCACCCCAGGCAGGAGGUACUCCUCAUCUGGUGUAUAGUCAAGCUCCACCUCCAAUGACCUCUGCUCCCCCACCAAUAACCCCUCCCCCUGGACACAUUAUCGCCCAACUGCCACCAUAUAUGAAUCAUCCUCCACCUGGACCACCACCACCUCAGCAUGGUGGCCCACCUGUAAAUGUAAAUGCCCCCCCUCCCCAUCAUUACAACCCUAAUGCUUUGCCAAAGUUCAAUGAAGACCAAGGAACUCUUAGCCCUCCUUUCACUCAGCCAGGAGGAAUGAGUCCAGGCAUGUGGCCAGCUCCAAGAGGGCCGCCGCCGCCGCCGCCGCCAAGAAUGCAAGGUCCACCUUCUCAAGCUCAGCUUCCUGGACCACACCUCCCUGAUCAAGCCAGAUAUAGGCCAUACUACCAAUGAUAUUAACUAAUUUGAACUAAAGUAUGAUAUAGGAAAGAUAACUUUCUAAAUAGCAGCCUUUUAAUGGAGAGCUCUUUUUGUUUUUUGUUCUGCUUUUGAAGAAAAAAAUGAAAAAUGUGACUGUAAAACUUCUGGGGACUUAAUUUACUUAAGGUAACUUUUAAAGCCUUGAUCGUAGAACUCUACCUGAUAUACUGUAGUGCUAAGUGGCUCUGUAGUUGACAGCUACAUUUAAACAGACAUUGUACCCAUAGUCUGGUUGAACUACCCCAGAAAUGAACAUUUGUUAUAUUUCCCAAACAACUGAACACUUACUGUACCACUUUAAGGUAUUUUUGUUAAAUCUGAUGGUUAGUUUCAUUUGUGGUAUGUUUCCUUUUUUUGUCAACCUGUGUAUAAUUAAAUUUAAAAUAUGGUCCAAA